UGGAAAUCUCCUGAAAGGGCUCUCAUCAGAAUCAUGCUCGCCGUCACCUUCGGCACCAUAAUCCUCCUUAUGAAUCUCGCCUUCCUCCGCCGUAACCUGGAGGCCCUAAAAACCUGGGCCCAGCGCUCAAUCCGCCUGAGAAUGGCUGGAUCCCUAGACGCAAAAGUCUCUAGCAAGGAACCCACCUAUCAAGAAAAGCGGCCGGGUUGGAAAUUCUGGAAAGAGCGGGCUCAAAGCCUCCGCGAAGCGGAAAAGCGCAGCGCGCUACUCACGGAUAAUGCUAUUCAUGACAGCGGGAGCGACUGGUGGUAUUGGUACUUUAUGGCGAUAUUUGUUAUCAUCGUUGUUCCCGUACAAGAGCUAACCUUCAUCAUCCGUGCGCUCCGGCUGCAGAAGAUCAAAAAGGCUGGACCCCUGAAAAAGUUUGUGAGGGUUCCCUGGGCCCCCAUAUGGAUUCUUCAGCUCGUGCUUGUGUACAUGAUUCUUCUCGCCGGAUAUGCCUUCCUCUCCUUGAUAGGAUUAGCUCAUCGCACUGCGGUCUGGUUGUGGACUGGGGAUGACAUCACCGAAGGUGAGAGGGCCCCGCCGGAGGGGAUUGAGAAGAAUUUGAUGUCGCAGCAGGAAGGGUAUGAAGCUAUUUGGAAGUCCGAGCCGGAUAGUACGAAGGAACAUAGAGGGCUAGUUGGCUGGUUGAUGAAACCAGCGAAGGCCAUGCAGCUCCUCAUCGUUGUAGAGGCGCUCCGGUCCAAGGAGGUAAAGGAAUUUGACGCGGAGGAACAAGGAACUACUGUUGAAGCUAUGGAGGCACCCCCCUCUACAUAAGAAAUGGGUGGCUGGGGGGGGGGGGGCGUUAUUGGGCAUUAUG